AGAAAAAGAAAAAACCCUAUUCCGCACAUGUCUGACCCUCUCUCUCUCUGUCUAAUCACUCUGUCAAAAUAAACGGAGCGGAGACAGAGUUGCCUCCACGUUUGUCCAGCCAAGAAUCACGCUCCUUCCCUUUCACCACAUUCCUUUCUGUCUUCCCCACAUUCUUCACUACCUUUCCUUUCUUCUUCUUUUGCUCAGAAAAAUAUUCUUUUAGCUUCUCGAUUCCUCCUCCACUGUUUGCUCUCAUUUUCUCGUUCGAAUACCUAGGGGGUAAUCAAGUGUUUUACUGCUCCGAAUUACCAUUCGAGCUUCAUCUGGGAUCAGAAUUUUGGUUAAAAUCUUUCCUUGUGGGUUGUGAAAUUCUAGGGCAGAUCUUUGUAGAUUUUGUGAUUUUUUAGCAGGUUGACUUCAAGUAGAUCAAAAAAAUGAAUCGAUAAGAAUUGGUUGUUGAUUCGUAUUGGGAGUGCGAUAAUAGAAGAAAUGAGUUUGGUACCUCCUUUGCCGCCGGUUUUAACUCCACCCUCCUCAAACUCUUCAACCACCGCACCUCCUCCUUCAUCCUCUCCGCCCACCACUCCCUCAGUUCCACCUCCUGUCACACCACCUCCUGCUCCCCCUCAAUCACCUCCCCCUUCGUCACCACCACCACCUGUUAAUUCAUCACCUCCACCGUCUUCCUCACCUCCACCACCAGUCGUCUCCUCACCUCCUCCCACCACAGAAGCUUCUUCUCCUCCACCUCCUGUGGUCGUUGCUUCUCCUCCUCCCUCAACGCCACCACCAGCUCCUCCCCAAGAUUUCUCUCCCCCUCCUCCGCCUCCUGAAUCUUCUCCUUCACCUCCGGCACCACCCACAACAACAUCCCCUCCUCCGCCCCCAUCAAACACACCUUCUUCCCCUAAACCAUCUCCUUCUCCUCCCUCAGAUACACGCUCUCCACCACCUCCCUCAGAUAAACCCUCACCUCCUCCUCCUCCUCCAGGAUCCACCUCUACACCUCCUCCGGCUUCGCAUCCCACAGAUCCUGCUGCUUUAGCUCCUCCUCCAACUCCAUUACCUGUUGUUCCAAGGGAGAAACCAACUUCACCACCUUCCACCAAUGGAAACAACACUUCCUCCUCUCGUUCAUCUCCCAGUGGUGGUGUUGGCACUGGAGGUAUUGCAGCUAUUGGAGUCAUCGUUGGAUUGCUUCUCCUCAGCCUUUUUGUCUUGGCUUUGUGGUUUACUCGGAAACGAAAGCGAAAGGACCCUGGAGCCUUUGUUGGUUACACUAUGCCACCUUCCGGUUACUCCUCUCCUCAAGGCUCAGAUGUAGUGCUCUUCAACACGAAUUCGUCAGCUCCUAAUAAGAUGAGAAGCCACUCUGGUAACGACUACAUGUACGCCUCCUCUGAUUCAGGGAUGGGUAGCAACCAAAGACCAUGGUUUUCAUACGAUGAGUUAGCUCAAGUCACUAAUGGCUUCUCCCAAAACAAUCUUCUCGGUGAAGGGGGGUUUGGUUGUGUCUACAAAGGCGUUCUUGCAGACGGAAGGGAAGUUGCGGUUAAACAGUUGAAGAUUGGUGGAAGCCAAGGGGAAAGAGAGUUCAAAGCUGAAGUUGAAAUCAUUUCUCGUGUUCACCACCGACAUUUGGUUACGCUUGUCGGUUAUUGCAUCUCGGAGCAACAUAGGUUGCUUGUAUAUGAUUAUGUACCAAACAACACUCUUCAUUACCAUCUCCAUGCUCCAGGAAGACCGGUUAUGACUUGGGAGACUCGGGUAAAAGUUGCUGCUGGUGCAGCUCGUGGUAUUGCCUACUUACAUGAAGACUGUCAUCCUCGGAUUAUUCACCGUGACAUUAAAUCUUCAAACAUACUCCUGGAUAACAGCUUUGAAGCCUUGGUUGCGGAUUUCGGGCUAGCUAAAAUUGCUCAGGAGCUGGAUAUAAACACACAUGUUUCGACCCGUGUGAUGGGAACCUUCGGGUACAUGGCUCCUGAGUAUGCCACAAGUGGAAAGCUGUCUGAAAAAGCAGAUGUUUAUUCGUAUGGUGUAAUACUCUUGGAGCUUAUAACUGGUCGGAAACCUGUAGAUAUGUCUCAGCCACUUGGUGAUGAAAGCCUUGUUGAAUGGGCAAAGCCCUUGUUGAGUCAAGCAAUCGAAAAUGAAGAGUUCGGCGAGAUAGUUGAUCCGAGGUUAGGGGACAACUUCAUCGCUGCGGAGAUGUUUCGAAUGGUCGAAGCUGCAGCUGCAUGCGUGCGCCACUCAGCUGCCAAAAGACCAAAGAUGAGCCAAGUGGUGAGAGCACUGGACACGCUUGAAGAAGCUUCGGAUAUAACAAACGGAAUGAGACCAGGACAGAGCCAAGUUUAUGACUCGAGACAACAAUCUGCUCAGAUAAGGAUGUUUCAGAGAAUGGCUUUUGGGAGUCAAGAUUAUAGUUCUGACUUCAUUGAUCGAUCACAGUCACAUAGUAGCUGGGGAAGUCGUGACACUCAUGACCAGUCCAGAUUUGUACCUUAGUAGUUAUUAUUGUUUUUGCUACUUUCUGCUUUCCCUUGGGCUCUUUGUAUAUUUUUUUUGCAUGAUUUUUUCACACCGAGGAUCCAAUACGUUUUUAGAGAAUUUCAAUAUUAUAAGUUGUCUACAGACAUUUUCUGAAAAGUUAUAAUAGGUAACUAGAUCUUGA